GCGCAUGGUCCAAAGCCAGCACGAGUCUCGCAUGGUGGAGUUGGAAGCCGGCCAAAAAGUGAAAGAUCUGGAGGAGGCUCUGUCUACAGAGAGGGAGCGGACCCAGAACAAGGAGGAGAGGUCUUUUUACAGCUUUAGAACAUACCACAACGUUUGCUCUCAUAGCAAUUAAUGUCUCCACGUUUGUCCCCAGGGUACGUCAAACCAUGUCGGCCAGCAAAAAGAGGAAACGUCCGAAGGACAGCGAGGGUUUGAGCUCGGGCGGAUGCAAUGUGCCUCGUCCUAAAAUCGCCCAGCAGGUCACUGUGGAUGAGCAGCAGGUCACUCUGGAUGAGGUGGACUCGUACGGCAAAUAUGUCAGACUCCGCAAUACAGUUGAUGAGGAUCAGAAUUUGGGGAACUGGCAGGUGAAGCUCCAGAUUGGAUCUUCUGCUCCCAUCGUAUUCAAGUUUGCCGCAGAAUUCAUCCUGAAGGCCCACGAGAGUGUCACGAUCUGGGCGGCUGACGCUGGCCGAAACCACAAUCCUCCCUCUGAUCUAGUCUGGGAGACACAGUCCAACUGGGGACCCGUAGGCCAGGUCCACUUUACCUUGAUCAACGCCAACGGAGAGGAAAUAAGGAUGAGCAAAGCCACUGGCGCACGUUUGGAAGAUGAUGAUGGAAAUUCCACUUCCACCGUGGGAUAGAGGAAAUGGAAUUUCGGUUUCUUGUGUGUCUUGACAUAUGAAGGGAUUGACAAUAAAGCAGACUUUGACUUUUGACAUGGUCACAUUAUAAAAAUAUUGUAUAACAA